UAAUCUAUAUUUUAGUUAUAAAUUAUUUUGAAAACAAAUUCUAUGAGCUCUUCCAGUAAAUCAUCUGAUUCAGACGAAGCUUCAAGGAGUAACCCAGAAGCAUCGUCCAGCAACCACACAAUAAUUAUCCCUUCAGAUAAUAAAGAAGAAGUUAUGAAACGUGCUGCUGCUAAAAAGCUUAUAGAGAGAUACUUUUACCAGCUCACUGAUGGUUGUGGGAACCCAAACUGCGAUAAUCAAUUCUGUGCAUCUAGUGGUUUACUAAAUGGAUUGACUCCUGAUGAAGCAGCAGCUAGAGCUAUUCACUUAUUCUCUCAAGAUGCACGUUUAUGUGAAAGGCACCCCAAUAAAAUAGCAAGGAAACAUGAAACUAUUAUUGGGGACCAGAAAAAUGAAACAUCUCUUUCCUUGAAAAAUUGUGUACCUACCAACAAUAUUGUCAUAUCACAAAGUAAUUUGAAAUGCAAUAAUGCACCAGCACCUACAUUUCUGAAUGAACAAUCUUUGUAUGAUAUAAUUGAUGAAUGUGAAACCAAUGACAGCUACUCUCCUUUGAUUAGAACAAUUGGAGAAAUUUUCAGUAGUAUUGAAAAUCUAUCUAGAAGCUUUUCUGAAGAUGCAACUUGUACAGAGCCACAAAAUAAUUUUGGUAGUGCAGGUGACUUAUCGGGUCUGAGAAAAGAGGAAGUCAGGACUCUGGAAGGGGAGAAAGACAAGGACGAGGACAGUUGCGCCGAGGCCAGCAAAAACAGCAUCCUACCGGUGGACAUACCGGCCGUCCGUAGGGCCUAUGCUGCCCUCUUCAAAUUGAAAUCGUCCAUUUUCGAGAACGCUCUCGUCAAUGCCCUGGUCACGUUGGCCGGCAACCUGCAGAUGGAGCUGCCCACGAGGAAGGAGAAGGAUAAUCAGGAUGAUAUCGUCAAUGCUCUGAUAAUCGUCUUCGAGAUACCAGCAUUAGGAUCAGGUGACUUUCUGGAGACCGCCUUACCCGCCAUCUGCAGAGCCGUCCAGCGUCUGUCCGUCGAGGUGCAGGGCCGGCUGGCGAGGAUCUGGGCGGGCGCGGCGGCGCGGUCGAGCAUCAAGAGCAUCUUGGAGAACCUGCAGCAGCUCAUCACUUUGCGCGUCAUCAUGACGCCCUUUCAAAGGGACUUUAUCGUGCAGGACGAGAACGUCAUCACGUCCGCCACCAAACUCAUGAAGAUCCUGUACUACGCCAACAUGCUCGCCGGCUGCCUGGAAUCGCCGUCGCUGCGCUGCCCGCCACCCGCGGCCGACCCCGCCUCGGCCGCCCCCUCCAAGGCCAAGGGCUGCCCCGUGCACGACCCGCUGGCCGACGAGCUGGGCGUGCACGUGCUCGACUGCCGGCGGCCGCACGUCCCGUUCGAGGAGUUCUACAACGAGCUGCUGAGCGACACCGUGGAGAUGGACAGGGAUUUCGCGAAUUACAAGAGCGAGUCAGGUAAAUUCACUUUUAUGUACUAUCCAUUCAUAUUGACGCCGGCUACGAAAACGAUGGGACUUUAUUUUGACAACAGGAUACGAAUGUACUCCGAAAGGAGGAUAAGUUUUUUGCAAACGGUGACUGGGAUGCCGUCGCAGCCAUUCUUGAAGUUGAAAGUCAGAAGAGACCAUAUCAUAGAUGACGCCCUAGUGGAAUUAGAGAUGAUCUCGAUGGAGAACCCCAGCGACCUGAAGAAGCAGCUGGUGGUGGAGUUCGAGGGCGAGCAGGGCAUCGACGAGGGCGGCGUCUCCAAGGAGUUCUUCCAGCUGGUCAUCGACGAGAUCUUCAACCCGGAUUACGCCACCUUCGCCGUCCAGCCGGACUCGCAGACGGUGUGGUUCAACCCGACGAGCUUCGAGAGCGAUGCGCAGUUCACCCUCAUCGGCAUCGUUUUGGGUCUGGCAAUAUACAAUAAUAUUAUAUUGGCAGUUAAUUUCCCGAUGGUGUUGUACAGGAAGCUGAUGGGCAGGAGAGGAAGUUUUGAGGAUUUACAGGAUUGGAAUCCGGUACUGUACAAUAGUCUGAAACAAAUGUUAGAAUAUAACCAAGCCGACCUUCAAGAUGUGUUCAUGCAAACAUUUAGAAUUAGUUACCAAGACGUCUUCGGAUCCACCAUUGAUUAUGAUCUAAAAGAGAAUGGUCUCGAGAUCAAUGUCACGCAAGAGAACAAAUAUGAAUUCGUGGAUCUCUAUGCGGAUUUUCUAUUGAACAAGGCUGUCGAGAAACAAUUUCACGCCUUCUACAAAGGGUUUCAAAUGGUUGUCGAUGAAUCGCCUCUCGAAUUACUAUUCCGUCCAGAAGAAAUUGAACUGUUGAUAUGUGGCAGUAAAAACUUCGACUUCGACGAACUGGAAAACUCCACCGAAUACGACGGCGGCUACGCCAUAGAUUCGCAAAUCAUCAAGGACUUUUGGUCGAUCGUGCACGCGCUCUCGCUGGAGGACAAACGGAAGCUGCUACAGUUCACCACCGGGUCAGACAGGGUGCCGGUGGGGGGGCUCAGUCGCUUGAAGCUCGUGAUAGCCAAGAACGGCCCGGAUUCUGACAGGUUACCCACUGCUCACACCUGCUUCAACGUGUUACUACUCCCUGAAUACUCCUCCAAAGAAAAACUCAAGGACAGACUGGUGAAAGCGAUAAAUUACUCGAAAGGAUUCGGGAUGCUCUAGAUUCUAGAGGAUGGUCGUCGCGCUUUGUGAAUAGGUAGUGUAUAUUCUCAAUCAAUGAACUAACAAAUUGUGAGAUUGGUUUUAAUAAUCAUCGUGUACAGCUCUAUUAUUUUUUUCUGUUGAUUAUUGAGUAUUGAUUUAGGUGGCUCUUUUGUAUACCGGUCUUUUUUAGUUGAUGUACAUCUCGAAAAAGGCUGAAAUAUUAAAAAAAUGUGGAUAC